AUGACAGAUGGAUUUAGAUUUAGCAAUGUUCCAGACGAAGUUGCCCAUCGUAUUCUUUCCUUCCUCGCCAUAAUAGACCUCACUCGUUUCGGCUGCGUGUCGAAAAGAUGCAGAGAGCUUCCUCUCUCAUCUCCAUCAUUGGAUUUUGAUCUAUCUGCCAGUGACUACACUUUUGCAUCCACUUGCGAAAAACGGAUACAGUUGUUGAAUUAUUUGGACAGUUUCUUGAGCCGUCAUGGGGAUAAUAAGAUACAGCACUUUCGUGUUCGUUUGGAGUGUCAUUGCGUGGAGAAGAAGAUCAAAUGGAUGGUUGAUAAGACACAAAGCUUUCGCGUUCGAAGAGAAGCAUGCGAGUGUCGGAAGGAGUAUUCUCGGAUUGUGAGAUGGGUGGAAAUUGCAGCAAGGAGUGGAGUUGAAACGCUUCAUCUUGAAAUCUUUAUAGAUGAAAAGCAAUGCGGCCAGGAUCCCUUGGUUCAGUCCUGCGUCUUUCUAUGCGGAUCUUUGAAGACUCUAGAGUUGGACUUUGGCAUGAAUUAUCCCAAAGUUCUUAAGAAGCCCUCCUCCUCCAGUUUUUCUUCCAAUCUCCAACGCCUGGACUUGCGAAACGUUGAGAUACACGAAGGGGCAGAAAGCAUCACCAUCCAGAGCUCCUCCUUGGAAUCAUUUAGGUACAUAUACGACGAUGAUGACCUCUCCGAUUUCGACAUUAUUGCUCCAAAUCUCAAGUGUGUGGCGUGGAAGGCCAAUAUGUUUGUGUUCCAAAAUGUGGAGAAAUGUAGUUGCUUAGAAAAAGUUGAGCUGCUUCUGCAACCUCAGAAACAUGAUGCUCUGGUCUUGUUUGAGGUUCUUCGGGGUAUAAGCACGGUUAAACAUCUUACUCUAAACCACGAGACCACCAGGGUUCUGUUUGAGGGAGGUUCCAUUCCAGCAUUAGAGAAUGUUUCUUAUUUAUGCUUGCAUAUUUAUUGCUUGUGUGAUAUCCUUGUCCCGGCCAUGGCCUCUCUUUUUAGAGGAAUCCCUAAUUUGACUACUUUGGCCAUAACUUCAAUUUGGCCGGAUCUUGAUAAUUGUUCCGAGUUUGAUACGAGAUGUUGGAAAUCGCUAAACCUUGCUUUUGUUCAUAAGCUUGAGGAGGUAGACAUUCAUAUGCUAAUUGGAUCUAAUGCUGUUGAGUUUGCAAGAUAUGUCCUCGAGCAUGCUCUCUACGGAGGGUGA